AUGUCCAUCAAGAAGACGGGAUCUGGUAUCGAGCCGUGCCAGGAGGAGCCCACAGCUGGCUCAGUCCACGACAUCAAAGAUGCGAACGACUUGGACGAUCAAGCAGCCAUCUUUCUUCGAGAACAUGAAGUUGAAUGGGCCAACUAUGAAGCCUCUGAAGCCAAACGAGUUCUACGGAAGAUAGACUGGCGUUUGAUGCCUCUCAUCGUGGGAACGACCAUCAUCGCCGCGGUUGAUAAAAUCCUCAUUUCGAAUGCUGCACUCUACGGCAUGAACGAGGACACGCAUCUGGUGGGACAACAAUACAGCUGGGUUGGGUCAAUCUUCUACUUCGGAUGGCUGAUCGCCGAAUACCCUGCGAAUGCCGUCUUUCAAAAGCUUCCGGUCGGCAAGACAGUUGGCACGGCGGUUGUAGCGUGGGGCGGCUGCGUCAUGUGUCUUGCAGCCGCUCAGAAUGCAGCUGGCCUGAUGGUUCUACGGUUCCUGAUGGGUGUUCUUGAAUCCCCACUGUUUCCUGCCGUUACGAUUCUGAACACCAUGUGGUACAAGAAAUCAGAGCAGCCCGUCCGCAUGGCUAUUACGUUCACAGGGUUCUCUAGCCUUGUGACAGGUGUUGUCUCAUACGGCAUAGGGCAUGCGAAGACUGGUAUUGCGUCGUGGCGGCUUUUGUUUCUCGUCAUCGGAGGCUUCACUGUGUUUUGGGGAGCCAUUCUACUCGUCUGGCUUCCUGACUCGCCACUUGCCGAUAAUUUCCUGACGGGCAAAGACAAGUACAUCGCACUAGACCGAGUCAAGGAUAAUAUGACCGGUAUUGAGAACAGAGCAAGUUGA